AUGAAGAUCGUUGCUGUAAUCCUUGCUCUGUCAAUCAUUUCUGGCUGUCAUGGCCGGUUCCUUUUCCUACAUGAAGAGCAUAAAUCCCGCUGGGAGAAUGCUGUGGAGAAGUUCUGGCAGCAGAUGUCUGACCUCCAGUCCAAGGCUGAGGAGAUGAGUGACAAUAUCAAGGGUACCAAAGUCGGCAGAGAACUAGACACUCUGAUCACAGACACCAUGGCAGAACUGCGCAUGUACAGAGAUGACAUGCACACAAAACUGGGGCCCUAUGCCAAGGAAACAGCUGAGAAACUCGGAGUAGACAUGGAGGAGAUGGGGAAAAGGCUCCGCGAGCACAUGGAGGAGGCAACAGUUAACCUGGGAAGAUACAUGGAGGAGCUGCAGACAAUGAUGGACCAGAACGCCAAAGACGUCAUGAACAGAGUCAACAUCUACGUGCGCAAACUGAGGAAACGUCUGACUAAGGACACACAGGAGUUGAAUGAGAGAAUGACGUCCUUCUUUGAGGAGGUUCAGUCACGGAUAACUGAGAACAUGGAGUCGAUGAAGGACAGGGUUGAGCCUUACCUCGCCGUGAUCCGUGAACGCGCUGAGGAGAAAAUGAAAAGCCUGGGUAACCUGCUGAAGACCCAGAUGGAGGAGCUGCAGGAGAUGUUGAAGCCUCAUCUGGAGGAACUCAAGGAGAGGGCAGAGAAAACCACAGAGGAUAUGCGUAACUGGUUCCAACCUUACAUUACCAAAGUCCAGGAGGCUUUUCAAACUAGUGCCUGA